CUGUAUAUAUUUACGGCCAAACGCGGAUUCCUCCUGGUGUGCGCUUUGGCACUUUAUAGAAUCGAACUUCUCAAGCGGGGAUGACCUGGGUGGAGUAGUCCGACGUUAGCCGCGCUUGGCGCCUGCUGAGUCCGGCGGAGAAGAAGCUGCCUCCGCCCAGAGUUGGCGGGCACGUAACCGGUGCCCUAACUGCUCCCAGUUGGUAUAGGACUGACGACUAAGGGCUGGGGGUGCUGAGGGAAGAACGUCAGGGGCCUAUCCUGCCUCCAGCAGCUCCCUCUCAUUUUCUGGCUCUGAUGGCAAGCGGAGCAAUGAUGCUCCGGGACUGGGGACCGCUGGAAUUCCUGUUUUGAAUUCUGGAGGGUCUAGAGCAAGAACCUUUCUUUCUCCUGGCCUCAGUUUCCCUAUGUGUAAAAUCAAGGGGUGGGCUCUAGAUGAAGGCCUUCUUUUCGUUGGAUGAUUCUAGAUUCCUUUCCUUGGGUCCAGGGUGGGGGGAGGGAGGGGAUGGCGGCCACCUUCCCGGGCGUUGACAGGCCUGUGCCUCAAGUACGUAGCCCCCGCCUCCCCACCCCCCCAACCAAGCUGGGAACUGGGGGAAGGAGGGGCGGAGGCGGGACUGCCUCUGUGUCCCCGAAGGCAGCCUAGAGGCUAGUGGCACAAGCUGAGCUUAAAACCAGGGACGGACACCCUCCCCUUCCUCCUCCCCACCCCCCUGCCAUUGGCUCCAGGGAAAGGUUGACAUCAAAGCCGUGGCCUUAUAUAAGCCAGACCCUGAAGGAGAGGCCGCAGAAGGGUUAAACAGGUCUCUCGACGUCAAUAUCCUCGCCCACGACAGAAACCAAGGCUGCGGCGGGCUGCGCAUCUCUUUUUCAGCCUUGCCGGGACUCUCCCAAAGCCCACGCCCACCGGAGCGUGGCCCCAGAGCCCACGCGUGGCCCCGGCAGUCUCCGGGGUGCAUGGAGCAGCACUAACUGGGCUGGCUGCGCAGGCCAGGGUCUGCUCCAAAAUGAACCUCGUGGGCAGCUACGCACACCAUCACCACCAUCACCACCAUCACCACCCGCACCCCGCGCACCCCAUGCUCCACGAGCCCUUCCUCUUUGGCCCUGCCUCGCGCUGUCACCAGGAGCGGCCCUACUUCCAGAGCUGGCUGCUGAGCCCCGCUGACGCUGCCCCGGACUUCCCCGCCGGCGGGCCACCGCCCACAGCCGUAGCAGCCUCUGCCGCUUACUGUCCCGACACCAGGUCCGGCCAGAGUCCGGGGCGCCUGGAGGCCCUUGGAGGCCGCCUGGGGAGGAGGAAAGGCUCAGGACCCAAGAAGGAGAGGAAGCGCACGGAGAGCAUUAACAGCGCCUUUGCGGAGCUGCGCGAGUGCAUUCCCAACGUGCCCGCCGACACCAAGCUCUCCAAGAUCAAGACUCUGCGCCUGGCCACCAGCUACAUCGCCUACCUGAUGGAUGUGCUGGCCAAGGACGCACAGGCCGGCGACCCUGAGGCCUUCAAGGCCGAACUCAAGAAGGUGGAUGGCGGCCGCGAGAGCAAGCGGAAAAGGGAGCUGCAGCAGCACGAAGGCUUUCCUCCCGCCCUGGGCCCAGGCGAGAAGAGGAUUAAAGGGCGCACAGGCUGGCCGCAGCAAGUCUGGGCGCUGGAGUUAAACCAGUGAGCUGAGGACCCCGCCACCGCGGCCCGACCC